AUGUCUCGCCUCUACUACUUGACCGCUCCGACGGCCAUCUUUCUCCGGCGUUCCUCCCCCACCUCCACCUCGCCACCCUCACUCCGUGCUUUUCAGGUAGCCCUCGCCGCCGCCACGGAGAACCUACGCUCCGGGACGCUCAGCCCUGAAGAUGCACACCACCUGUUCGAUGAAUUGCUGCGCCAGGACACUCCAGUCCCCACGCGCGCCCUCAACGGCUUUCUCGCCGCCCUAGCACGCGCGCCGGCCUCCGCCGCCUGCAGCGACGGCCUCUCGCUCGCCGUCGCCCUCUUCAACCGCAUGCCCUUGGUGGCACCGCCCACGGUCUGGACGUACAGCAUCCUGCUCGACUCUUGUUGCCGCGCGCGGCAGCCAGACCUAGCGCUCGCCUUCUUCGGCCGCUUCCUCAGGGCGGGCCUCAAGGCAAACAUCGACAUUGUUCGCACACUCCUCAAGGUGCUCUGCCACGCAAAGCGGACUGAUGAGGCUGCGGACGUGCUGCUUCACAGGAUGCUGCAUCUGGGCUGCGUGCCCGAUGCCAUCUCGUACACCACGGUUAUCCGUGGCUUCUUAAAGGAGGGUAAAUUCAGCACAGCAAGCAACCUAUUCCAUGAAAUGGUGCAGCGGGGCGUUGUUCCUGAUGUGGUGACAUAUAGCUCCAUGAUUCAUGCGUUGUGCAAGCGUGGAAGAAGCAAAGAAGCUAGACAAAUCCUGGAUUGUGGGAUUCUCAAGGGACUCAAACCAGAUAUCGUUGCAUACACUACCAUGCUUCACGGGUACGCUACAGAAGGAUGCCUCGUUGAUAUGAAUAAUCUCUACAACUUGAUGGUACAAGAAGGUGUUGUACCUAACCAAUUUGUUUUCAACAUAUUGAUCAAUGCGCAUGCCAAGUGUGGAUUGGUGGAUGAGGCCUUUCUUAUCUUUGAAGACAUGCAGAAACAGGGAGUGAAACCGGAUGUCGUAACCUAUUUAGCCAUGAUAGAUGCGUUUUGCAGAAAGGGUAGGAUGAAUGAUGCUAUUCAACAAUUCAACCAGAUGAUUAAUAUGGGGGUACCACCGAAUAUGCAGACUUACAGGUGCCUGAUUCAGGGUUAUUGUACACAUGGUGAUUUAGUGAGAGCUAAAGAAUUGGUUCAUGAAAUGAUGGGAAAAGGCAUCCGUUGUCCUGGCGUUGUGUUCUUUAACAUGAUAAUAAACAACCUAUGCAAAGAAGGUAGGGUGACAGAUGCACAAGAUAUCUUUGACUUCAUGAUACAUAUAGGUGAGAAGCCUGAUGUUAUCACAUUCACUUCACUGAUUGAUGGAUACUGCUCAGCUGGCAAGAUGCAGAAAGCAUGCAGGGUACGUGAUGAUAUGGUAUCGGUUGGCAUUGAACCUGAUGCAAUUACGUACAAUACACUUAUUGAUGGAUAUUUUAAAGCUGGAAUGGUGGAUGCUGCAUUGACUCUAUUCAGAGAAAUGUCAGAUAUGGCAGCUAAACCGGAUACUCUUACUUAUAACAUCAUAAUGGAUGGAUUAUUUAAGGCUGGUAGAACUGUUGCUGCAAAGGAAAAGUUUCAUGAGAUGGUCAAAAAUGGAGUGAGAUUGUCCAUUUAUACAUACAAUAUAAUUCUCAAUGGGCUUUGCAAAAAUGGUUGUGCAGACGAAGCAAUCAUGUUGUUCGAG